AUGUCCGGAUUCGAAGUAGCCGGAGUUGCGAUCGGUAUUGCACCAAUCGUGUUCAAGACUGUGGCAGAGAGCAUGAGAAUACUAGAAGAGACGAUCCGCUUCGAUGAUGAUGCCGAAGACCUGGUAAUCCGGAUUGAAACAGCCAAGGCUCAUCUGAGCAUCUGGGCUACACGUGUUGGACUCGUCGAAGGCGAGCUUGUGCCAGCUUUGCAUCCAUUGAGCGAUCUCAUCGUGAGAACACUAAAGCGCAUCGAGUUACUCAUGACCGAUCUCGAACAGCAGGGGAACACAUACGGCUUGGAACUCAGAGGCGCUACUGACCCGGAAUCCAAAAAGACGAGCGCGAUGGCUAUGCAGAUGAGGCGGAGCUUGCACCGCGUGUUGAGAAAGUCAGAUCCGAAAACAAACCUAGAGACUUUGAUCCAAGCCGAGCAGUUGAAAUUAUCUGCAGCCAGUAAGAAACAAAUCGGAGUUGCAAGCCGUCUAUUUUGGGCUGUCCGAAAUAAAGAGAAGUUUGAGGAUUUUGUCAACACCCUCGAGACACAUGUCAGUGGAUUGCACAAGCUAGUGUUCGAGGAGCAGCGAAAAGAGGUCCAACGCGAAGAAACUCGUUUCAAUCUCCACAUGGUCCAAGAGAUCUCUAAUAUAGAAAGGCUGACACUGCUUCAAAACUCCUUAUCGUAUGGAAAAAGCUUUGCCGAGGUGGACGUUGCGCAUCUUGCACAAUGUAAGGCAAUAACGCUGCAAGGAGUACCAACCUUGCCAAGAAAGCCCAAAACUGAUGAUUGGAGUCUUGUUGACACCAGUCUUGCAGCCCUGGCCAAGAUUCGUUUCCUUAAACCUGGACAUGACGAUCCUGAGGUUGCAUACAUGUACGAGAAGAAAGAAUACGAUCCAAACAUCUCGGAAGAAGACAAAGAUGUCCUGCAAGAGCGCAUCCGCAAUUUGGUCUGCCUUUUGGGCAAACCUGGGAGCCAACGACAUCUUCAAACUUUGCAAGCAGUUGGAUACACGGAUGAUCCAGACCGUCACUGCUGGUGGAUCAUCUUUCGGUUUCCGCUGAGUCCACUGGAUACAUUGGGACCCGCCGCAAGCGAGCCACUUUCCUUGCGCAAGCUCUUCGAUUCUCCGUUCAAACCCGCCCUUGAAACACGAUACAGGCUCGCCAGACGUAUAGUGUACACCUUUGCUAAGCUUUAUGGUAGUGACUGGAUGCACAAAGGCAUCAACAGUGAUAACAUCGUCUUUCCGCAAGUCUACUCCACGAGGACUGUAGCCGGAUUUCGGCAAAUUGAAACUGCCUUGAUUCAGGGCUUCGGUUACUCCCGUCAGCAUACUGAGGCUCAAACCAUUGACCGUGGAAAGGUUCUACAUGACCUACAAGCAGCCAUAUAUCGGCAUCCGCUGUACCAAGGCGAGGCAGCCUCUGGGUAUCAGAUUCACUACGACAUCUAUUCCUUGGGUCUAGUGCUAUUCGAGAUUGCGCUCUGGUCUCCCCUCAUGACAUUACUUGCUGCCAAGUGCAAGCCUGGAAAGGUGCCAUCGGUUGCUUUGUCGCCAGACAUGAAGCAGUUUUAUGAGCUCGAGGCAAAGGAGCUCCACAGAAGGGUAAACUUGCGUGUUGACGCCGAAGUCGCGUAUCGAAUGGGGACGAAGUACAAGGAUGCAGUUCAUUGGUGCUUGAACCUGAAAGGGCCAGUCACCGCAAUCGACUUCUACAACACAGUCGCUGUUCCGUUAGAUGAUAUAUGCAGCUCAAGUUAG